AUGGAUGACAAACGACCAAAAUUGGAAACUCUGGCAUCCAUAGCCACAAAGGUCAGAAAUGGCUUUGUCCGGGCGGGACAUUCGGUCGCUGGAGGCAAUUUGGAAGACAAUUCGAGGCUUGUCAAUCAAACCCAACGGUUUGAACUUUGGGCGAAAAACCUGGGUCUUUACCAUCUAGGGCAUAGCUCGCUCGACUAUCGUUUUCGAGAUGCCCCCUCGCUUUUUGGAUACACUUUUGGUCUGUUGCGUAACCUGGAUGGGCUUCUGAUACAGCUCAUAAAUACACUGAACUCUGGACAUGAAACUUGUGUAGAUGCGACAAUUGGUCCCGUUGAACCCAACGACCAGUUGAGCGACGACUCUGAAGAAGAUGACUUCGAAUCUUCGGAUGAUGAAUCUGUUACUGAUUUAUUAUUAACCGGUGUGACUGCGACUAUCGAUAAACUGUAUCGUCUCUCCUUCAAGGUUCGCAACCCUACUGUGAGGCUGGGACUGUCCAAAGCGCUCAAGUAUCAUGAAUUUGACCCGGAAACCGGCGUGGAUAUUAUAGACCAGUUCAAGGAAUAUGAUCAACGUCAUCUUGAACAGCUUUUCGCCUCCUACCGCUCGAUCUCCCCGGAGGUCUUCGAACAGGAUUUCUUGGCGCGACGCCUGGCCAAAGCCAACACCAGACGGCGACAACAGUUUAGGUAUUGGAAGGAUAGGAGAGCUCGGUUCGAGGCUGUGUCGAGACCGGAACUUAUUGAAAACAUAGCGAGCGACCCUAUGCUGCAAAGAGCAGGAUAUAGCCCGAUGGCACCUUCACGUCCUUCAACCGCAACCUAUCUCGAUACGUCUAAAGUCAAGCUAGACGAUGAUUCCUCAAUUAUAUCAAGUUCAACCACGGUGAAUAUACAGGAUGAUAUGCAGAAUGAGGAGGCCAAGGACUUUUUUUUCAUUCCACCACCCCCAAAGCAUCUAUGGGACGGAGAUGAGGUCGAAUGCCCAUAUUGCUUCACUCUUUGUCCGCGCAAAAUCCUUCGUCAAGGGUCCUGGGAGUAA